CGACUGUUACAAACCGUAAUCAGUAAUCACGGAGUAUCGUUUUCGUUGAAUUGUAUAUUUUGUUUUUUUUCACACGCCGUCCUCGUCUCCUCGUUUGUUCUCGUUUUGUUUUUGGUUGUUUGCCAUUUUCACGAUUUGGCGGUCGGCAUUUUCUUAACUUCAAAAGUUCAAACCAUUUAACAUAAGGUGCAUCCGUUAUCGUGCGUACCGCGUUCGUCCGACGCACGUUUUAUCUGGUUUGAUUGAGUACGGUUUUUUGAAAUUGUUUUUUGCGACAUUCAUUUUUCGUUUACGAUGGGGUGCACGAUAAGUUCGGGUGAAAAAGAGGCGGUGGAGCGAUCGAAAAAGAUCGACAAGACGCUCCGUGCCGACGGCGAAAAAGCGGCAAGAGAAGUAAAGCUGUUAUUGUUAGGUGCUGGUGAAUCUGGGAAAAGUACUAUUGUAAAACAAAUGAAAAUCAUUCAUGAGACAGGCUAUUCUAAAGAAGAAUGUGAACAAUAUAGACCUGUGGUAUUUAGUAAUACAAUUCAGAGUUUAAUGGCAAUCAUACGAGCAAUGGGAAUUUUAAGAAUUGAUUUUUCAGAUCCUAGCAGAACGGAAAAUGCCCGUCAAUUUUUUUCUUUAGCUAGUGCAACUGAAGAAGGUGAAUUGACUCCAGAUCUAGUUAAACUUAUGAAAAGAUUAUGGGCAGAUUCUGGUGUACAAGAAUGCUUUUUGCGUUCAAGAGAAUAUCAACUCAACGAUUCUGCUGCUUAUUAUUUAAAUGCAUUGGAUAGAAUAUCUUUACCUAAUUAUGUACCUACACAACAGGAUGUGUUACGAACAAGAGUAAAGACAACUGGCAUCAUUGAAACAAAUUUUUCAUUUAAGGGAUUGAAUUUCAAAAUGUUUGAUGUUGGUGGACAAAGAUCAGAGAGAAAAAAGUGGAUUCAUUGUUUUGAAGGUGUUACUGCUAUUAUAUUUUGUGUAGCUUUAUCAGGUUAUGAUUUAGUACUAGCAGAAGAUGAAGAAAUGAAUAGAAUGAUUGAGUCCAUGAAAUUAUUUGAUUCAAUUUGUAAUAGUAAAUGGUUUGUUGAUACAUCGAUCAUUUUAUUUUUGAACAAAAAAGAUUUAUUUGAAGAAAAAAUUCGAAGAAGCCCACUAAAUUCUUGUUUCCCAGAAUACAUGGGUUCUAAUAAUUAUGAAGAAGCAGCUGCUUAUAUACAAAUGAAAUUUGAAAGUUUAAAUAAAAGAAAAGACCAAAAAGAAAUAUACACUCAUUUCACUUGCGCUACUGACACAAAUAACAUACAAUUUGUUUUUGAUGCUGUAACUGAUGUGAUCAUCAAAAAUAAUCUCAAAGAUUGUGGUCUUUUUUAGAAUCUGCAGCCAGUCGCCAAAAUUAUUAUGACUAUUAAUUAUUUAACUGAUUAUUAUUAUCCUUUUUUUCAUAUGACUGAUAAAAUGAUAAAGAUCUUAGCAGUUCUCAUUUGUUGUGCCAAAUAAUUAUAAAACUUAAGUAAUCAAUUACUGAACAAAUAUAUUUUGAAUAUUUAAUUCUUAAAUUAAUAAUACGUAUUUUUGUGAGACUAAACAACUAAUUUUUUUUUUUACAUUCUGUUUUAUAAUACAUUAUUUUCAUAUGUAAAUUACUUUAAUAUUAUUUUAUUAUUAAUUCUUUUUUAUUUAGCAUGCGAUUAAACUUUAUUUGUAAACUAUUGCAUGUUUUUUUUUUUUUUUUUUGUUAAUUAUAGUAAUUUCCAAAGUACUUGCCUAUGAUUAUAUUUUUGUAUUUUGAAGAUUCUUGAAAUUGUUAAUUUUUGUUUUAGCGUGACGGCAAAGUUUGUAUGUUAUAUUCAUUAAUACAAUUUACAAGGAUAUACAUAUUUUAAUACAUAACAAUAUCAUCUGUAAAAUUUGUGAUUUUUUUUAAUAUGUCAAUUAUUUCUCAAUGACUGAAUUAGUGAUAACUUGAUAAAUCUUUACAUAUUUUUGACUGCUCAAAAAAAGAACAAUUUUGUACUUAAUAAUGAUUUUCUGUGUUACUUUGUAAAAGUAUACAUUAAAAAAGUGUAACUUUAAAUAUGGCAGUAUUUUAUUUUUAUUAUUAUUUUUAGUAAUUAGUUUUAAUUAUCAUUUAUAUUAAUUUAUUUUUAAUAGAAUAAAACAAAUUAGUUUUUGUGUAUACUUAUUUUUGUAUUCACAUAAUAUUUAUUUAAUUAUCAAAAACAUUGGUUGUAUUGCUUUUAAAUUUCCAGGGUUUUAUAUUGUGAUUAAAUGAAACAUCAAAGAAUUCUUUAUAUUUAACAUUUUAAAAUAUUGAUAAUAAAUAUAUUUUUUGGAAACUUCUUAUUUUGAGUAAUGUAUCAUAAUAAUUCUUAAGACAUUUUGUAUUUAAUAUUUAGUUACCAAUAUUAUUGUUUGGAUUUGUCGUUAUUUAUGUAUACAUUGAUUUUUCUAACAAUAUAUUUUUAAUGCAGCUACCUAAA